CGUCGCGUGCAACACGCAGCACUGCCCGAUUGACUGUAAAUUAUCUGCCUGGGAUAGCGGAACGGAGUGUACAAAAACCUGCGGGACGGGGACAAAAACCUUCACGAGAACAAUAGAAGUCCACCCUGAGCACAACGGGAAAAAAUGCGAUGAAGCCUUGACCAGAAACGAAGCCUGCAACACGGACCCCUGCCCUAUUGAUUGCGUCUUGAGUGAGUGGACCAAUGACAGUAAUCCUUGUAGCGAAACCUGCGGGCCGACGGGGAAGCAGGGCCAAAUCCGGUCGGUGGAAACCGCGCCGCAGCACGGCGGGGCGGAAUGUGAGGGGGCGGAUCAAGCGAAUGGCAUAGUAGCUUCGCUUUCUCGAGAAGUAUCCUGCAACACGGGCACGAAUUGCCCCAUCGACUGCGUCGUGACCGACUGGUAUCUUGCUAUCAAGUGCCCGGUGACGUGUGGGGGGGCGGAAAAGCACUUCAAGCGGAACAUCACAAUAGCACCGGACUUUGGCG